AUGUCUUCUCCUGCCUCUGAGGACAGUUCCCUGGGACCAGGGACUGAGGCAUGGCCAGCCAAGAAGAAGAAGAGAAAGAAGAAAUAUCUGGAAGCCAGUAUCCAGAACCUCACCCAAGCUGGGCAUGGGGCUCUGAAGGAUGGCCGGAAUGAUGAGGCCUUGGCUAGUUUUCAUCGAGCCUUUCUUCUGGCCUUGGAGGCCCAGGGAGGCAGGGGCACCAGGGUCCUCCGGGCCUGUGCCUUCAACCUUGGAGCAGCCUAUGUGGAGACUGGGGACCCUGCACGUGGUCUCCGGCUGUUCCUCUGGGCCAAGCCAGAGGAAAAGGCCAAGGGCUCUUGCCAUGGCGACCAGUGUUUCAAUGUGGCCUUGGCCUACCAUGCCUUGGGUGAUUUGCCUCAAGCCUUGGUAUGGUACCACAAGGCCUUGGGCCACUAUCAGCCCCGGGGAGACCAAGGGGGAACCCAGGAGAAGAUGGCGGCCUGCUACCAGGCCCUGGGGCACCCAGGGCAAGCAGCCCACUGCCUUCGGGAAGCUGGCCAAGCUUAUGCCUGGGCAGGGAGACCUUGGGCUGCAGCCCUGGCAUUGGUAGCCGCCGGUGGAUGCAUGCUAAAGAGCAGGCAUCACAAGGUGGGAGAAGUGGUCCAGGUGCUAGAGGAGAGCCGGAGGCUGGCAGAGAAGAGUACCAGUCGGGAGCUUCUGGGAAAGCUCUACAACGACCUCGGCCUGAGCUAUUCCCAACUUCAUCUGUUCCCACUGGCGGCUGAGAGCUUCCUUCAGGCUCUACCUCUGUGUCAGGAGCCAGAGGCCAAGGCCAUUGUGCUACGGAAUCUCGGUGCUGCCCACAAUGCCCUGGGGAACUUCCAGGAGGCACAGGAGCUCCACCAGAAAGCCGCUGCCCUGUACGGCUCCGCUGGGCAGCGGCAGGAGCAGGGCGAGUGUUUUGGGGGCCUGGCAUUUGCCCUGAGUCAAUUGGGGGAACAUGAGGCUGCCAGGGACAACUACCUUCAUGCCCUCCAGGCCGCACAGGAUGCUGGGGAUGUGAAAGGCCAAUGGCAAGCUCUGGAGGGGCUGGGGGCUGCAGCUGCCUGUCUGGGGCAGCCUGACCAGGCUGUGAGGCGCUAUAAGGAAGCCCUGGCUUUACUGGUCCAGUGCCAGAAAGAGCCCCCCUCAGUUCGAGAGAGACUGGUGGCCAAGCUGGCAGAUUCUAUGAGGAAUCACUUGACCCUGAGAGGACUGGAUCCUGAUCCCUGCCUGCCACUGCCCCGGCUCAGGCCACAGUCUACUAGCGGAGCCUCUUCCUCUAAGCCCUCCUGCCAGCUCCUGGUGGGUCAGGCAGAGGGCCCAACACAAUCCAGAUCAGCUGCUGUGUGGGAGGAAGAGGAGGAGGUGACAGUCAAUCUUCCCAUGACAUCACCCAAAUGGAGCCUGGAUCGUCUGAGGCCUCUCUCUUUCCAUCAAUCAGGUGUCCUCAAAGAUGGGGAGCCCAGCAUCCUGGCCUCUGAUGGUCCCCAAGCCAAUAGAUCGCCUGAAAGACCCCCGACCACUCUCAGCAGGAAUGCCCUCAGGAGGCCAACCAAGUCCAGUUUCUGCAUGCUCAUGUGA